AAAUAGCCCAUUAAUUUGCUAGUUUGUUGUUGAUAAACCAGCAGAUAAAUGCACCAGCUUAUUGAUUCCAAUGUCGGUACGCGUUACGACAGGAAUGUGUGGUUAUGGAACGGUCCGAUCGGUCGUUCUACACGGCACACAGUGAAAACGAUCAGCGUUUGUUUAAAUAAAAUGCAUGGGCGAAUUUGUGGUUUGCAGUGAUUGAUUGAAUUGAACUUUGGGAAUAAAUCAAUAAAGCAAGGGAAAACAACGUGACGGUGUACGCGCAUGACGAUUGGACGAUGGUCUGUCGGGACUGACACAAAAAUCGCGUGUAAACAGCCAGCGAAAAUAGUAAUAUUUAGAUUUAACCUUAUAAAGCAGUUUUGGAAAUCUCGUCCGAGAUGGAUCGUUGGUGCGUUAGUUAGUGCCCUCUUUGCGGACGACAGUCACCACCGGACGGUCCCAGGUUCAGUUCGAAAUGGGUUCAAGCACAAUUCCCGUUCUUCUAGUCACAGCCAAUGUGGGAUCUAUUUUUGAGGAUCCCUCACAGAUGCUGGAACUGUGGACCAAAGAGUUUCUCGGCACCGUCGCCAGACUGGAACCGAAGUUCAUAGCUCUGCACUGCCAAGAGGUCGGUGGCAAGAACUACGAGGAGAGCAUGAAACACGUGAAGCUGUUCCUCAACCUCCUGAUGUCCAGCAACGAACUGCGGCUCUUCGACAAGAUCAGGGUGUUCCUCGACGAGGACUACAGUUCCGCGGAGAAUUUCACGGCCCUUGGCAAUCUUUACUUCGUACACGAAUCGAUUGAUCACGUCUUAAUAUGGGACUUCAAGGACUCUCAGUAUGUGCCUGUCGAUGGCAAAGAAAUCUAUUCGGGGAACAUCGAGGCGGUCGUUACCAAAGAAAAGGCAAAAUUUCCCCAAAGUUUUUUUCCUAAGAGUGUGUGGUCGAGAAAGGGCUUCCUACGUACAAGAUGGUCCAUACAGGGUACAGUUGUCGAUUUGAUAAACAUCCACCUUUUCCACGACGCGUCGAACUUCGUUGCGAUGGAAUCGUAUCCGUCGGUGUACUCACAGAACAGGAGACGGGCCCUCGACUACACCCUCAACAAAUUCCACAACGACUCGUACGGAAAGGCACCUUACUUCCUGUUCGGCGACUUCAAUUUCAGAACUGACACUGAAGGCGUUGUGAAUAAACUUACGGAGGGUCUCAAUAAGGUGCAGAACAACAAGAACCUGCUGCAGUACACGAAUGAAUCGAGUAAAUGCAUUUUGAGUGUGGGUAAAAAGGAGUUCAACCAUUCGGAUCACCAGUCGGUUUUCUUAAAUCCGUCGCCCACUUGGCUGAAGUCCUACGACAAGGAGCUGGAGGCGUUCGAAGACCACCUCACCGAAUACCCCAUAACGUUCCCGCCUUCCUAUCCGUUCGAGGAGAAAGUAGGCCUCGGAUCCAAGUACAUGAUGACGCGGUGUCCCGCCUGGUGCGACAGGGUGCUUCUCAGCCACACGGCUAAGCAACUCGUGGACGACGCGGCUGAGGUGAAGUAUAAUAUAAUGGGAAGUGAUACGUGCAUGGGAGAUCACAAGCCAGUGUAUCUUAGGGUGGAGCUGAGGUCGAACGCAGGGUCGUUGCUGAGCGCAAUGAACAGUAUAAACUUGACUGAUUCGAAAGUGCCAAAAGUUCAGGACAUUGUGGACAGCAGUCCGACUACGACAGUGACCAGUUACAUCUACAUCCAGAACAUUGACAACCCCGUGAAGGUGUUCAGGGAGACGGCCGUUUAAAAUGCGAAAGUCCUCGUUGGAAGGACGAUUGGCACAAUUUCAUUUUAGAUUUAGUAUUUCGUUGACAAACGCGAGACUCACGAUUCUAAAUGAAGUGAUCAUUACAAGGAAAUCCCAGAUUUUUUCCUGAUUAUUUUUAGAAAGAGUCGCCAGUCUAACAAAUUGAGAAACGUACAUUUUUGUAUAUAUUGAAGAAACCUGUGUGUAAUGUCAUUCUUCGGAUUAUACCAUCCCCCCCAAAAAGUGAUCCACCCAAAAAGCUUGCCAUUAUUCUUUAAAAAACCAUAUGUAUGUAUAUUCUAACUAAAUGUGAUAUUUAUUAAAAACAUGGAAACAUAUAUCGCUAAGCUUCCAAUUGUUAAACCGUAUGAACAAUGCAAAAAAGACAUUUAGUUUGGAUUGUAAUGUAUAUUUUUUGAAGAACUUUCUUAAGUCAUUAAUUUUAAGGUAAACUAAUUUAUAAAUUGGAGUGUUUCACUCCUAUUCAUGCUUAUUAAAGGUAGGGACUCCUGUGCAAUCUUAGUACCUUUCCUAUUAUAUACAGAAUCCAUCAUGUAAAGGAGCCUUUUUAAGUUAAUCUCCAUUCAAGUCUAAUUUCCAAAGUACAUAGUAAUUAGUUAAAUGUCACAGAUACUUGGUGUUUAUAAAACUUAUAGCAAGACAUUUAAAAGCACACAUCUUAACCUGUAACACCUGGUAUCAUAUUUUCGCCAUUACUAUUGCAACUCUUGCGCUUCUCUGGUUGUUAAUUAAUUAUUAAUCUAACAAGGUACAAACAAAACCCCACGACUGACAUACUUUAUAAAGUUGUGUUUUUAAACGUUUGUUCGCAAAAUUGAUGCACCAACACUAUUGGAUAAGCGUACAAAGCACAUUUUCACUGUAUUUGUACGUUUUGCCAAAUCGGUACGCUUUCUUCAUUUGAUGAACCUGCUUGUCUUAAAUAUUUUGAUAUUAAAAGAUUGUUUCUCCACUGUUAUUAUUUUUUAUACUAAUGUGAUUUUUCUAUAUAUUUAAUGUUUGAUGUUAGACAUAAUUCACUGUGUUAAAUGUUCCGUGGAUUCCAUGUAAAGUAAACGUUUUUGCCCAAAAUACCUCUAAAUGUACCUAGAUACAUAAUAAGGUUAUUCUAAAUGUAAACAUGGUAUCGUUAAAAACAGUUUAAGUAAAUAACUGGUGGGUUGCAAGAAUGUUAAUUAAAUUAUCACUGACGACUAAAACAUAUCCCGUUCGAUGAAAUAUUUUUUUAGUAUUAUAAUUUCUUGCAACCGUUAGUAAAAGUGUAAUCAAAGACCCAUUUGAAUUAGAAGAGAUGCUACCUAGAACACCAAUGUUGCUCAAAAUGCUGAUAUUAUUCAAUACUCUAAUUUUAAAGCUAAUUGAAAAUUUUGUGACCUUUUAAGGAGUUUUAGAAUAACCAAAAAAAUUGACUGUUUCAGUACAGUUGUACUUUUAUUGUUAAAUGUUUUAUAUGUGCCCAUUUAGAAAUAUUUGUACUUAUAUCAUAUAAUCUUAAAAUGUUAACUUUAAAAUGGGAUAAAUAAAUGUACUAGUCAUAUUAUCUUCUCCUUUUCAUUAUGUACUUUUUAAUAUUUUUAAUACUGUUUCAACCUCUUGAAUUUGAAUAAUAGAUUUAGAGUUGAACACCCGUAAAACACGGAUUUUCAAUCUCGCUUUAUUUUCCAUUUAUUUUCUAGUCAUUCUUAAUAGUCAUUUAAUAUCUGAAUUGUUUUAUGUAUACUUUGUUGUAAUAAAUAAACUAAAAUUCAAAUAAAACAUUUAGGAAAGUA